CAACAACUGGAGACAUGGCACCAGAACAUAACAUUAUAUCACCAGCUUGAAUUUCUUUUUCUGAUUACAGCACGCAGGUUCUCUCGACAGUAGAGCUGUGCAUUAUUGCAUUAUGAAAUAUUAUAUGAGUUAUUAUGAAAGCAAAGGAAUCUCUAAAAAAAAAAGCUCAGGAGGACAGGGAUCCGCGGAAAAUUCUCUCGCAGCCAAACAGUCGAUCCAUUUCAAUCAGUCCAUGGAUCAAUGCUGACCAUUUCUUCUUUCUUUCAUUGGUAUGCAGGCAAUCCCUGUUCCAAUGUCCCAAUAUGUGCCCCUGCCGCAGGAGAGGUCUGGGCCGAGGACUCGCUCGAAUCCGUGAUUUGGAAUCCAAAGAUGAUGUAUCCCUUUGAUCAAUACGACAAGGUCGACAUCUACAUUGUUGACGAGGGCAAUGAUACCCGCACGUUCCUUCUUCAGGACGAAGCGGAUCUGAGUCUAGGGAUGAUGGCGACCAGACUCGAUUCUCAAUUCUUUCCCGAGGACCUGCCAAGUAACCGCUCAUGCCAUGUGCUGAUGACAGGGGUAGGGAAUGCCCUCGACGGGACCCAUCGGACCCUGAACUCGAGCUCGUUCCUUCUGAUUCGCACUAAACAAAUGGUAAACGGGACACUGGUUCCUAUCACUGCCACACCAACAUCAACACUAACGACUACAACCAUGGGCACCGCCACGACCACUACGACUGCCACUACCACAACGGCCGUCAAUUCUACCACAAGUAAGCCCGAUACCGCAGCCGGUAACCCAACAGGGAUUUCAGCACCAAACGGACAGAAGAGUAAUUCGCUAUCACCGCUCGUCAUUGGACUCAUCUCCGCGGGAUGUGUUACGCUCCUGAUCGCCAUUAUCGCUAUCGGUCUUCUGUACAGGACUCGGAGGCGAUUUAAGGGAGACGCUACUCACUUCAAGAGUCUUUACGACCAGCCCAGUUCCCCAACGGACGAAUUCAGCAGGAGCCCGAUGUUUAAAUCCGAAGAGGGCAAGCCAGAUUUUGUGAGGGGAGGAUCAUUUGUUGGACCAACUUUUGGUAGUGCCAGCACUACCGGUCGCAGUUCUUCUCAUACAGCGCGGUCAGCAGAGCCGAUGAUCAAGGGCGCACCAAGCAUGCUUGGCUACAACCAUAGUCAACAGGCGCCCUCGUCUACGACUGACCCCUUACCCUUGCUGGCACGUAAUUCUUCAACCCCCUAUCGCGUUCCUGAAUCCGCUGCAGAGGUACAGGCAACCGGAGAAGCAGCAGCAGCAAUGCCUGGAAAUGGUGGAGACGACCAACUUUCGCGGACGACGAAAGGGCCGCUUCUAACUGCAGGGGAUGCACAUUUAAUCGCAGAGACGUUCCGAAAAUCGAUGCGCAGGCCACGUUGGGAAGCUGAGGCCGAUGAGGAGGAAGAGGAGGAUGAGGCCCGACAGGCUGCGAACGAGUUGCUGAGGAAGGAGUUGAGUGAGCAAGGACUAGAUGUGCAGCGCGGUGUCCAACGACGUGUGACGAUACAGGAUCGUACACAUAGAACAAGUAUACCACCAACACCACAGUCGCAAACAGCGUCCAUUCCAGAGCCAUAGAAGACACUCCUGCUGAUAUUCACCAAGUGCCUCGUGUAAUAGAAUCUUGAGUUUGCAUUGUGAUUAUUCCUUUUGAGGACCGGGUCAAAGUGACAGGUUGACGUUGUCAUGAUAACAUUUUGCUUUUGGGCUUGUAAAGAAUCGUCAAGAAAACAAAAGCAUGUCAAUUGGGGCUAUGCGCCAGAUUGGAGACUAGCGAUGAGUCC